CCUGAAGUUGAAACCAUUCAGACAGUGUCUAACGUCCAACUGAUAAAGGUAUCGAACGUCCGAAUCGUCAAGCUUGUGUGUUAUAUUAAAUAAUAUUAAUAUUGUUAACUAAGCAAAUAAAGCGGUACCAUGUUGGACGUGAUCCAGCCAAGUAACAACCUCCCUUCCAGCGAGAGCACCGAUGUGGUCGUGGUCCGGGCCAGGCCCAAGAAGGUGUUCAAGCCAAAGGCUCGGAUCAAUAGAAUUCCCCAGGAGUUGCUCGAUGAUCCUUUGCUGCAGCAGGCCAUUGAUCGUCUGCCCUCAAAUUACAACUUCGAGAUGCACAAGACUAUCUGGCGGAUACGAGAGAUGAAGGCCAAACGAGUGGCAUUGCAACUGCCGGAGGGUCUGCUAAUGUACGCAAUGGUCAUCAGCGACAUCGUGGAGCGAUUCACCAGCGCAGAUACUGUGAUUAUGGGCGAUGUGACUUAUGGGGCUUGCUGCGUGGAUGACUAUACAGCCAAGGCAUUGGGAGCAGAUCUGCUGGUGCACUAUGGUCACAGUUGCCUUAUUCCCGUAGAUCAGACAUGUGGCAUCAAGGUUCUGUACAUUUUUGUGGACAUCAAAAUUGAUCCACUGCACUUCCUUGAUUCUGUAAAACUAAACUUCCGCCCGGAAGUGGGCCAAAUAGCUUUGGUCAGCACAAUACAGUUUGUAACCACGCUGCAAGCCGCAUCCACAGAGCUCAAGGCAGCCGGCUAUGAUGUGAUAGUACCCCAGGCCAAGCCACUUAGUCCCGGUGAGAUUCUCGGCUGUACAUCUCCUCAGUUGCCGGAAACAACGAAGAUGAUAAUCUACCUUGGUGACGGGCGAUUCCAUCUGGAAUCCGCCAUGAUUGCCAACCCGCUGUUAAAUGCCUACAAAUAUGAUCCUUAUGAGAAAAAGUUUACUGUGGAAAAGUACGACCACACGGCCAUGCAAAACAUUCGCCUGGACGCUGUACAGCGAGCUAAGAAGGCACGCCGUAUUGGCAUCAUUCUGGGAACACUUGGAAGACAGGGCAGUUCCAGAGUUCAUCGGUUUUUGGAGAAGCGACUGCAUGCUAAGGGCAUUGAGACAACAACUCUAUUGCUGUCGGAGAUCUUCCCACAGAAAUUGGCUCUUUUCGCUGACAUCGACGCCUUCGUCCAGAUUGCUUGUCCGCGACUUUCGAUUGACUGGGGAUCCGCCUUUACCCAGCCGCUGUUAAAUCCCUAUGAGCUCUCGGUAGUUUUAGGUGAUGUGGAGUGGACGCCACACAACUCGUCUCCUCGCAACAAUGCCUAUCCGAUGGACUUUUAUGCUAGUGGCAGCCUGGGACCCUGGACUCCAAACUUUAAGCCCCCAGCGCUAGGGGAGUGUGAAAACAAACCCUCCGCCGAUUGCUGCGGCCGUUGCACGCGGGCGGAACUGGAGAAAGACGAUUCCGGCAAGGCCGCGGCUCUAGACGAUCUUCUUGACUUCAAAAAAGGAUAAACAAUAUGUUGUGUCAUGCUUUGAACUGCCUACAAAGCCAUCCAUCUCAAGCGGUCAGCAAGGAUCGUCUGCCCAAAUAUAAUGCUACCUACUAAUUUAGUUAGUACAAAUUUUGUUUUUAAGUACUUACUUCUAGGGCUUAUUUUGUGUUCAUCACAGAUACGUUCAUAAUUCUUAUGUUCGCAAUAUCGUUUUUAGUUUAGUUUUUAUCUAUAUUUUUAACAGAGAUGCAAUUGUUAAGCAAAGGCAACUAUGUACACAAUUUUUUAACAUUAAAACAAUGUUUAAAACGCCA